UCCUUCAUUGUGCGAGCGCAGGCACCGGGAGUGGAUCCGCCGCUCGGUUCAGCCUAAUCCCGCUCUCUCUCCUCGGCUCACUCGCUAUGGCGACCGCAGAAAGCCUCGUCUCCGCUACGAGCACCAUCUAAACCUCAGCUGGGCCCCCCCCCUCCCUCUCCCCACGCUACGGCUGGACGUGGAUGUAACACCUCCUCACAGCUGGGACAUACGCAACGCGUGGAUAAGCCCGCAUUUCGCAAGAAGGGGUAAGGAUCGUGCAGGCCGCCCAGCGAGUCGCGCAGCGCAUCAUGGCGGAGUCGGACCCGGAGCAAGCGACGUCGGGAGCCGGCCACCGCCUGGGAGCCCCGGAGACCCUUGGCAUCAGCACGCUGGACCCCGGCCACAGACCCCCACCCAUGCCCCCGGGACGCCACGUCACCAUCCGGGUCCGCAUGCUGGACGACAGCGAGGAGCUCUUUGACAUCUCGCAAAAGGCCUCAGGCAAGGUGCUGUUUGACCUGGUGUGCUCCCACAUGAACCUCGUCGAGGGCGACUACUUUGGCCUGGAGUUCCAGAACCAUCAAAAGAUGAUAGUGUGGUUGGAUCACAUCAAACCCAUUAUUAAACAGCUCAGACGACCAAAGCACACGAUCUUGAGGUUUGCUGUGAAGUUCUUCCCAGCGGAUCAUGCCCAGCUACUGGAGGAACUCACAAGGUACCUGUUCGCCCUCCAGAUCAAACAGGACCUCUGCUCCGGACGUCUGACCUGCAACGACAGCAGCGCUGCACUGAUGGUCUCCCACAUUAUCCAGUCUGAGAAUGGGGACUUCGAGGAGAGCCAGUGCCGGUCACACCUCCUCAACAACAACUACAUCCCAGAUCAAAUGCCCCUGAUUGACAAGAUCAUGGAGUUUCAUUCGAAAAAUAUAGGUCAAACACCAGCACAAUCAGACUAUCAGUUACUGGAAGUGGCUCGCAGGCUGGAGAUGUACGGGAUCCGCCUGCACCCCGCCAAGGACCGCGAAGGCACCACUUUGGGCCUGGCUGUGGCCAACACGGGCGUCCUGGUCUUUCAGGGACACACGAAGAUUAACGCCUUCAAUUGGUCCAAGAUUCGCAAACUGAGCUUCAAGAGGAAACGUUUUCUAAUAAAGCUGAGGCCAGAUUCAAAUAGUUCGUAUCAGGACACGCUAGAGUUCCUGAUGGGCAGCAGGGAUUGCUGCAAAGUCUUCUGGAAGAUCUGCGUUGAAUACCACGCGUUCUUCCGCCUCUACGAGGAGCCCAAGCCCAAACCCAAGCCCGUGCUCUUCACGCGGGGCUCGGGGUUCCGAUUCAGCGGUCGUACACAGAAGCAGGUGAUGGAUUACGUGAGGGAGACCGAGUUUAAAAAGCUCCCCUUCGACAGGAAACACAGCCGGCUCCAACACAACAACCGCCUGUCACCGUUGCCUUCUCCACGUCACCAUGAAGUGCCAACAGAAAGUGGUGCUCCUGGGGACAGAGUCGACUCCCCCCUGAGGCGUCACUGGCAGGAGUCAGUGCUGGUGAGCGCCGAGGACCUCCCGGCCUCGAGGAGCGCGAAGGCGAGCCCGUCUCAGCAGAGGAACGGCCACGAGGACAGAACCAGGACAGAGGAGUCAAGAGGCCCGACGCAGCAGACCCACCCAGAACAUCUGAGCACAGGUGUCGCCUCCAACAGCCCACGCCUGUCCGCCUCCUCCGGACACUCCCACGGCAUGGUCAACGGGCAGAAGUCCCUGGAGCUGUGCGGCCACAGCCCCGACGGCCGGCAGCCGUCGCCGCUCACCAGCCCGCUGCUGAACGACGCCUGCAGCGUCCGCACCGACGACGAGGACGAGGUCCGCCGGAAGAGGUUUCCAACGGACCGGGCCUACUUCAUCGCCAAGGAGCUGCUGACCACCGAGCGGACGUACGUGAAGGACCUGGAGGUGAUGACAGUGUCUUUCCAGAGUGCCGUGGGACAAGACGAGGCGACGCCGGACUCCCUCAACGCCGCCGUCCUCUCCACCUUCGAGCCUCUGCACAGGUUCCACACGGGCUUUCUCAGGGAGGUGGAGCAGAGGCUGGCUCUGUGGGAAGGCCGCUCCAACGCGCACAUCAAGGGCGACUACCAGCGCAUCGGGGACGUGCUGCUGAAGAACCUCCAAGGCCUGCGGCCCCUGACAGCCAACCUGCACAGGCAGUCGGAAGUCCUGCUGGAGCUGGAGAAGGCGUGCAGGGCGUCCCGCCGGCUGGAGGGCCUGUGCAGGGCCUUUGAGCUGCAGAAGGUCUGCUACAUCCCCCUCACCGUCUUCAUCCUGCGGCCUCUGCACCGCCUCAUUCACUACAAGCAGAUCCUGGAGCGCCUGUGCAAACACUACCUGGCUACCCAUGUGGACUUCAGGGACUGCAGAGCGGCCCUGGCCGACGUGUCCGAGGUGGUGGAGCAGCUCCAGGGGGGCCUCGUCAAGAUGGAGAACUUGCAGAAGCUGCUGGAGCUGAAGAAGGAUUUGAUCGGCGUCGACAAUCUCGUGGUUCCCGGUCGGGAGUUCAUCAGGCUGGGCUGCCUCAGCAAACUGUCGGGGAAGGGCCUGCAGCAGCGGAUGUUCUUCCUGUUCAGCGACGUCAUUCUGUACACGAGCCGAGGGAUGACGGCGACCAACCAGUUCAAGGUGCACGGGCAGCUGCCGCUCCACGGCCUGACGAUCAGGGAGAGCGAGGACGAGUGGGGCGUGCCCCACGCCUUCACGCUGGUGGGACAGCGGCAGUCGGUGGUGGUGGCGGCGAGUUCGUUGCUCGAGAUGGAGAAGUGGAUGCAGGACAUAAAGGCGGCCGUAGAAGUGGCGAAAACCAGCAACGGGCCUUCGUCCGAUCUCCUCAGCAGCAGCCUCGCGGACAUCACUCCCGCCCCCUCUCGUCCCCCCGUCCCGACGUCCGGCAGUAACGCCCUCCCGACUUUCCCAGAAUGCACCGGGGACUCCUCGGCCGAGGCGGAAGCGGAGUCCGAGGACGACGCGGCGGCGGCGGCGCCGGAGCGGCCCGGCCCGCACCGCGGUAACACCAUGGUGCACGUGUGCUGGCACAGGAACACCAGCGUGUCCAUGGUGGACUUUAGCGUGGCUGUGGAGAAUCAGUUAUCAGGGAACCUGCUGAGGAAGUUCAAGAACAGCAACGGCUGGCAGAAGCUCUGGGUGGUCUUCACCAACUUCAGCCUGUUCUUCUACAAGUCUCACCAGGACGACUACCCGCUGGCCAGCCUCCCGCUGCUGGGCUACGCCGUCACCGUCCCGUCGGAGUCCGAGAACAUCCACAAGGACUACGUCUUCAAGCUGCAUUUCAAGUCGCACGUCUACUACUUCCGAUCGGAGAGCGAGUACACGUUUGAGAGGUGGAUGGAGGUGAUCCGCAGCGCCACGCUCCCCUCCAGCCGCGCUCGGGUCCGGAACAACAAGGAGUCCGGUCUCCACUGACUCCUCCCCCCUCGCCUCCGCCCGCUGUCCCUCCAGGCGCCCCCCCCCCCCCGCCGUGUCUCUGGACUCUUUUCUUUUCUACACAUAUCUUGGACAUUUGUACCCGUGUCCAGGCACAGUUGGUGCUUUUUACUGCUUUAAUGGUGACACGUCCGCUGGUUUAGACUGCAUCAGAGACUGCGUUUUUUUGCCCUUUUUACUCUCAAACCUGAAACCUCUUUUUAAGGAUGUCAUUUUAUACUGUUUUCUAACGGUCUAAACCGCUUCCUAUCGCUCUGAUUUUACACAUCACAUUUUUCCAUUGGUUGAUUUUACAGCACGAACACGUAGAUGUUCAGAGUUUUUUUUCUUAGAACUAUCACUAAAAUCUCAUAACAUUUUGUCUACUUCAUUUUACUGAAAACAACUGCUUUAAAAAAAAAAAAAAACUUCCUGCAACAUUGGUGCCAAACUGGUUUGUACGUGGUUUAUAUGAACGUCUUGGACUUUUUAAGGCUAUUUUGCUACAUUGGAGAUAAGGAGCCUCUUCUACACUCUGUAUCAUGAAGAUUGAAAUCAUAGAAAACAGGCCGCCCUUUAACGUCAGUGUUCUGUUCACACCUGGCACAGCACAAUGUGUUCUUGUGUAAAAAAAAAAAAAAAAAGUUUAUGAAAAUAUGAAACUAUUUUGUUGUAUUAUUAAGCUUCUAUGAGCUUGAUCACAGUGUGGCCAGAGGUAGCUGCCAUCAACGCCAAUGCCAUCUGAAGUAAAUAUUCUAUUUGAUAUUUGUUGUAUUAAUACAUCUCAGAAUGUUUUUUAUUAACUCUGAAGUUCCCUUUCAGAUGUGUGAGAACAUAUGAGACAUGCUCAUAAUCUUUGUAUUAUGACGGUAAGUGUAAUGGAAAGCUUUAACGAUUAAGUGUGAAACAAAAGAAGAAACUUUCAGCUCCAAGUGCCGUCGCCCUCACUGAACUAGGCUGCCUCCUGUACACAGACACCAGAUCUUUUUAUGGGACUACGCGAAUGGAAAUAUGCAUUUGACAGGGUUUUUACAGUGGAGCGAAUGAAAUGGAAAAAGCCUCAGUGCAGUGUUUUUUUUCCAGUCGAUAGAGAGCUCUUUGGAAAUGAAAGCAAUAAAAAUCUUAUUCUGACUCACAA